UCAAUGGCUGGUGGGCGCAUGCUCUUUUGUUUGGUAAGCACCGGCCGGUGGGUAAGUGGGUUAGUUCGAUCCUCCGCUAUUUCGACUAUUUUAGAAGAAUUUGCGAAUUGCAGACGCAUUUUUUCGCCGUAAUUUAAUAAAUAGAAAGAAAAAUGUCUGACAUACCUCCCGGGGAUCCUGAAAAGGGUAAGAAAGUAUUCGUCCAGCGUUGUACUCAGUGUCACACUAUCGAAGCCGGGGGCAAACACAAGACCGGACCAAAUCUCCACGGUUUGAUAGGACGUAGUACUGGACAGGCACCCGGAUUUUCUUAUACAGAUGCAAACAAGAAGAAAGGUAUUGUCUGGAACAAAGAGACACUGUUCAUCUAUUUGGAAAAUCCCAAGAAAUACAUUCCCGGUACCAAGAUGGUAUUUGCUGGCAUCAAGAAGAAGCAGGAACGAGCCGAUCUGAUCGCCUACAUCGAGCAGGCCUGCAAGUGAUGAAAAUUUAGUUAGCAUCAAAUUAUUAUUAUUAUGUGUAAUAUAUUAUAUUGAGCUAUCAUCAUUUGGUUACAAAAAGGAAACCAUUCAUAAAAAAGACAUUAGAGAGUGAAGAGUAGCGCAAAAACCCAUUGAAAUUUAGAAAUAAAGUGAAGGACUAACAGUUUGAUAUUUUACUGUUAUGUUUUUGAUUGACAAAUAAAUAAAAAAAUAACAAAAA